AUGGGCCAACUGCAGUGCUUCGGGCUCGGUGGCUCGCCGCAGCCAAAGCGGGGCUCCAAGUUGACGCUGGCGCGUGCGCACAGCGAGAGUGACGCGUUCGCGACGGGUGGGAAGUCGCCCCCGCGCCGUGCCUCCUCGCAGCAGGCGGCGCUGAGGGACGCCGUGGCCGCCGCCACGCGCGCGGUCGAGGUCGGCGGCUCGGCGUCUGCCGCCUCGACAGCCUGCGAGGCGUGCGGCGCAAGUGGUGAGAGGGGCGGGCGCGCAGGGGCGCUGUCUGCCGCGGGCUCGGGCAAGGAGGCGGUGCGUGGGCGGCGGAAGGGCGCGGCGGAUUCGGCGCAACCGCCGGGGCGGGGCGCUGGCGAAGAGGGCGGGCCUCGCGGGAGCGCCAGGGAGCCGGUGUUGCGUCGGCGGCUGUCGCCACACGGCAUGCCCGCCAGGCUGCACGCGGAAACCGCGGCGCCUCUCUCGCCGGACAGCUCUUCGGCGCGUGGCCCGCGAGCGCGUGGGCCAGCGAGGCGCCCAAACGUGAUGCCGCCGCCGCUGGUAGACUUCUACGCGCCGUUGCGCAGCAGCUCGGCGAACUUGGGGCCGGACAUGUUUUCGCCGCCUUCUGCGUCCUCCACGGCCAGCGUGGACGGAUCGGCGUCCCCCAACAGUAGUUCACAGGACGAAGACGUCAGUCUUGAGCCGGUGCAAUUUGGCUUUCUGACCGAGAAACAGCAGGAGGUCCUGCGGCACACCACCUUUGCGGCGACGCGGCUUCACACCCCGCCGCCACAUGCCAUGCGCAGCGACGCCGGCGCCGGCGCGACACAUGCUGGCCCCCAGCGGGAUUCGGUGCGUGCGGCGCCGCGUGACGAAGUGGUGCGGUAUGGCGCUGCUCCCGUCGCGGCGCUUCGCCCAGGUUGCACGAGCAGCAAGGCAGAGGCGUGUGCGCCCUUGCAGAGCGCGGGUGGGCGGGCGCCGGAGCUGUUGCGUUCUGCCGCCGACGAUCGAGCAACGCUUGGGGGGCCGCAGGAUGCGCUCGGAGUCCUCAAAAGCCAACGCCGACUGAGCGACUUAGCGGAGAAGGCCAAGGAGCUACUCCAUACGCGUCGGGAGCAUGCUUCGCCGAAGGCUCCACGGUCCUCCGUGGCAGGUGUGGCUUCUGCCCCUGUGGCGUCCACGCAGCGGCAGGCAGUGGACAAGAAGCAGUCGGGCAGUCAUGCGGCUACCUCCGAGCCAAGCAGCGACAGUGCGUGCCCGUCCGACUCCCUGGAGCCCCCCGCGGUACCCGCCGUGUCCGCUGGCGCGCUUGCGUCCGUGGCCACCCGCACCCCUGUGCUUCUCCCGGACGACGAGAAGGCCGCUGCCAAGGCGUCAGGCCCGCUGCAGCGCAAGGCAGUGCCCUCUCCCAGCGUUCGCGCAACCACCAAACUUCGCGCCUCCGCCUUGCAAGAGGCGGCAGGCGUCAACCCUGCCCUGCCACUGCCCUCGUCCCUCCCGCCGGUUGCCCCUAACGAGACGGACUCCAACGCAAAUGCGGUGCACGUCAGGAGGUGUGGGACGCCGCAGGGCCGGCUGGAUGACGCGGCCGCAGCCAACGUGCCUCCACGCGCCAUCGUUCCCCAAGUCCCGUCGCCGUCGCCGCGGCAACGCCCCGUACGCAGCGCCGUCACGUGGCUAGGAGACUGCGACGAUGGCGCGAUCUACUAUUCCUCCUCUGCGCCCGUGGACCCGCACCCACCGCGGGGCCCGGCCCGAGCGUCGGCCGCCGUCGGCGGAAGUGGCGUCCCCCGCUCUGUGCCGGAGGAGAAGCCCUGGGGCCACGCACCCGCCGUGGCGAGCUCCGACGAUGAUGAGGAGCUGCUCGAGGGCUUCUACCCCAAGGCCUUCCUGGUCGGGGCGGGCCACCGCUCCUCCAGCAGCAUCGUCUUUGUGCUGACGGAGGAGGACAGCUUUCCCCGCAUCCACGCCAAUGCCGGGGGCGGGGGUGCGAGACACGCCACGCGGUGCAGCCGCAGACGCGCCUCGGCGACGCCGCGGGUUGUGUGGGUGACGUCACCGAUUGCGUGGGCCCCGCACAACGAGGCGGAGGUAAAUCAACGUUCCGCCGCCUCCAGCCCGCGGCAGGAUGGAGGCUUGCCCUGCACCGAGGGCGCCGGCGCUAAGCAGCGCUGUCGUUCGAACGUGAACCAAGGCGCCUCGCCGCGGCUGUCAGAAAUUUACCGCCGCAUUCCCUCAAAGUACGCGCCGGACCCCGCCAAGAUGCACCGUCCGUUAGCCAACAAUUUCGGGCUGCGUCGGGUUGAGUGA